CUUCUUUCUUGCCUCGGUAGUUGGGUCAACGUUUCAUAUCCAGGAGCUGGUCUCUUGCUUCUUUCGCUGCUGUUGGAGAUCAUCCUCUUCGAUCCGUUCUUCUCCAACAAAACGAAUUCGAAACGAUCGUCCAACCUUUCUGAUCACUUUUCCUUCCCAAUCGAUUCAAGAUGCAUUCACCGACCAAACAAUCCGGCUGGCCCGGACAGAUGGAACCUCCAUCUACUGUUGAGAGACGACGAAAAGGUCGUAAUGCUGAUGUCAUCAUACCCCUUCCUACGCCUCCUCGAUCAAGACAAGCUAUCCAUCCACCUACACCCGAUACCGUCCGUCAUGUGAGAACGUCACUUAAACCAUCUACAAAAGAUCAAACUUCGAGCAUGCUUCCCACUCCGCAGACCUUACCUCGACAAGGACGUAAACAACGAUUACAAGAAGACUCUCAUCCUGCAGAAGAAGAAGAGUCUGAUGUACCCAGUCCUACUGGUCAUACGACGUUCUUCCUUUCCUCAUCCUCUACCACUAACCAAGAACAUGUCAUCAGACGACGUCCAGGUUUGACAUUCAAUCAACAAAUGGGUCUUAUAAAUCCGCAAUCUCAUUCUUCAAGUAGUAACGCUUUUGGAGCCAGGAUUGGUCCUGGCGUAGGUAUGGGUGGAUCAAGAGCUGUUGGCCAUAGAAAAAUAGGUCAGAUCAUUUCUUCCGAAUCCCCAGACGUUGAAGAAAACCCUUUCCUAUCAUCGAACUCGACACGUCCAGGAGUGACAUUUGGACUAGCAUCGCCCGGACCGGUCACUUCGCAUGUUCCAAGAUCCGAUCUGAAUGAAGAAGACGCGGAAAUGCGUUCCCCCUCAAGUUCACCUCUUCGACAAAAACGUAAAUCACACUCCUUCUCACUCGGCGCAUCGGCUUUACUUUCCCCUCCCCCAACUCAAAAGACGAUUCGUCUAAAACCCUUCGUGUCAUCUAGAGAAGAGAUCGAACGACGAAGAAGAGAAGAAAGAAAGAGGAUGAUGGAUGAAGAUGAAAAUCCUUUCCUUGCUAAACCAGGAGAGAUUAUCCAACCUCGUCGAUCGAUAACGGAUGAAACAUCACCGACAGUCACCUACGUUUUCAGAGGAACGAAAAAGGUAUUCGCCAACCCAUUCUUUUCUUCUGAUAGUCGAUAUCCUCCAGCAGAAUUAGAUAGUGAUCAUCCGGAAUACGACCCUCAUCCUUGUCCCGCUCCUAAACUAUUAUGGCCUUCAAAGUCGAAUCAAACUGAUCCACCUUCUUCACCUCCUAGCGAGAUCAUGCGGACGCCUGUGGCGCCCAGACGGGGAAGAGAUGUUCAGGUAAGGAAUCAUGAAGAGGCAGAGGAGGAAAGUGAGGAGGACGAAGAAUUGCCUGUGAAAAGAGGCAUGUUAUUUGCGUCAGGUGCAGGGACGAAAAGAUCUUUGGAGAUGGAGCACGAGCAGGGAAAAGGAAAUAAGCGAUCCCGAGGAUUGAAGCGAUUGUGAGGGGAUUGAAUGAAUUUUGAGGAAAAAUAAUAUAUGAAGAGGUGGAUCUUGUACCUUUCAUGCAUACGUCUUGAUGCGAGUGAAGA